AUGGAUAAUUACAGCGAAAAUAACAAUAAUAACAAAAAUACUAACAGUAAAAAUAAUAGUUUUGUUCCUUUGUUGCAGCCAUUGAUGAAUGGGAAAAAGGAGAGACGGAGACCAAAAGAGCCAUGGAAAGGAGAGUUUGUGAAGAGCAUUGUGUACGCGGGCCUUGACGCCAUAGUGACGUCAUUCUCCCUCAUCUCAUCGAUCUCCGCCGGCCGUCUUUCCUCCGUUGAUGUUUUGGUGUUGGGAUUUGCAAAUCUUGUGGCGGACGGGAUAUCAAUGGGGUUCGGAGAUUUCGUGUCGAGCAGCACCGAAAGAGACGUGGCUAAUAGGGAGAGGUCCGUGGCGGAAUGGGAUGUUGAAAACCAUAGGAGGAUUCAACAACAAGAGUUAGUCUCUCAUUAUCUAGCACUCGGGAUGAAUGCUGAUGAUGCAGCCUCGGUCGUGAGCGUGUUCGCCAAGUACCCACACAUACUAGUCGACGAGAAACUUAUGACACCACCAGACGAGACGGACAAGCCGUGGAAAAGUGGGAUCGUCACUUUCGGAGCCUUUAUGGCCUUUGGAUGUGCUCCGAUUCUCGCAUUCAUCAUUCUCAUCCCAUUCACAAACAACGACAAGGUUAAGUUUGCCGGGGCUUGUGUUCUUUCUGCAUUGGCACUUGUACUCUUAGGUGUCCUCAAAGCGAAAAUCGCAGGCCAAAACUAUGCCGUCUCUAUGGGUAUAACCCUUCUUAACGGAGCCAUAGCCGGUGGUGCGGCUUAUGGUAUCGGCUGGACUCUAAGGAAUGUUGCUGGCUUGGAAGAAUAAUGUUUUUUCUAUCAAGUACUCUUUUUUGUUGUUAUCUUUAUGUGCUUUGUCAAUCAAUAUGUUGAAAUCAAUGACUUGUGUGAAGAGGAACAUUUUG